GUGAGGGGCGCGGGCGGGCGGGACCCGCGGCCGGAGCCGCCGCCCGGCCCUGCCCGUCCGGUCCUCGCCGCGGCCUCGCCUCCCCUCCCCUCCCUUCCCAUCCCGCCUGCCCUCCCCUGCCGGCCUCAGGCCCGGCCGCGGAGCCUCAGGGCCGACUGCGUUGGCGCCUCAAACGCGGUCGGCGCGGGGCCGCCGCCGCCGUCUCGGGGGUGCUGGUGGCGGCGGCAGCGUCGCUGCCGCGGGCAGGGCGGGCGCGGGAGGCAGCGAGGGCCGCUCGGGGCUCCUGGCAAGCGCCGCCCGGUAGCGGGAGCCCGCUGUGUGUAGGGGUCUCCGCCGCUCUCCAGGGUCUGCAGGAGGUUGUGUGAAGUUUUGUGACCUGGAGCGGUGCGGAUCCGCCUAAGUCAGUGACCACUGAGUCAGCGCUUCUGCUGCAGCUCCAGAUGGUCGUGUCGGAGCUGCCACGUAGCUCAACAUGAACUUUAACCAUCGAGAUAAUUUAAAAAGUGAACAGAAUAAUAUCUGUUCUUCAAAGAGCUGGCUACGGGACUCUGGGUUUCUGCUGCAGUGCAGUCCUAUUCACUGCCUUUUCCUGAAACAGGACAUGGAGCUAUGUUGCUUUCUUCAUGUUAGGUGCUAAGGAAGUUACUUGUUUCAUCAGGGGAAAUGCAGAUCCAUGAAAUUACAUUUUAUGCAAGUUGUUGUUAACUCGGUUGGCAAUGUCUAUGAUUUUAUCUGCUUCUGUGGUCCGUGUUCGGGAUGGACUCCCACUUUCCGCAUCUACUGAUUAUGACCAGAGCACGGGAAUGCAAGAAUGUAGAAAAUAUUUUAAAAUGCUCUCAAAAAAACUUUCUCAGCUUCCUGAUAGAUGUACUCUGAAAACUGGACAGUAUAAUAUAAACUUUAUAAGUUCUCUGGGAGUAAGCUAUAUGAUGCUGUGCACUGAAAAUUAUCCCAGUGUCCUGGCUUUCUGUUUCCUGGAUGAGCUUCAGAAGGAAUUCAUCACUACCUACAAUAUGAUGAAGACGAAUACUGCUAUCAGACCAUACUGUUUUAUAGAGUUUGAUAAUUUCAUUCAGAGGACCAAACAGAGAUACAACAACACACGUUCUUUGUCAACAAAGAUGAAUCUUGCUGAUAUGCAGACAGAAAUCAAACUGAGACCACCAUAUCAAAUUUCUGUGUCAGAACUUGGUUCAGCCAAUGGCUUUUCUCAUAUACCUGCGGGGGAGUAUAAGGGUGCUGGUAAGAUAUCUGCAGCUCCUCAUCAGCGUCUGGAACCUGUGACUCUGCCAGGGAUUGUCUCAUUUGUGCUUAGUCUGUUAUGUGGAGCUUUGAAUUUAAUCCGUGGCUUCCACGCCAUAGAAAGCCUUCUCCAGAAUGAAGGUGAAGAUUUCAGCUAUGUUAUUGCAUUUUUUCUUGGAACAGCAGCCUGUUUGUAUCAGUGUUACCUGUUUGUGUACUACACAGGCUGGAGGAAUGCCAAAUCCUUCCUGACCUUUGGGUUGAUCUGCCUGUGUAACAUGUACCUGUAUGAACUGCGCAACCUGUGGCAGCUCUUCUUCCAUGUGACUGUGGGAGCUUUUUCCACCUUACAGAUCCGACUGCGACAACCCCAGGGAAAGUCUCCUGAUUACAAUGUCUGACAAGUCCUGGAACAUUGAGACCAAGUCUUGUUCCAGUAGUUACUCUCAGGAAUGUAAAGCUGUUCUCCAAAAGAAGAAGCUGUCUGAAUGGGGCUUUUUUUUUUUUUCUUUCCUUUCUAAUAUAUCAAUGUAAGAUGCCUAUGGACAUUUUACACUUGGUGGUUGAACCUUUUUUUAAUUAUUUUUUUAUUUUCUUGAAAAGGACACAAAAGAAUAUGGGACUAGAGGAGGAAAGUGAAACAUAUCCAUGCAGUGAAAUGUAUAUGUAGAAUAUGACUGGUGGCAUAAAAAAGCUUCAUUCGUGCAUUCCUGGAGAUAAUCUGAUGUGGAACUAUCUGAUGGUAUUGUAUGAUCACAUUAUCUGAUGGUAAUGUGGAAAUACAUUUGUACAUUAAUGGAGGAAUGUGUAGAGUAUGUUCUGCAUAUUGUGCAAGCUUUUCACUUCCAAGGUCAGUUUUGCCUUUGUGAGGCAGUAGGGAAUAGGCUAAAUAAUAAUAAUGCUAUUGCAUAUUAGCACACUAGAUGUGGAAUAUGUAAGAUACUAAAUUUUGGAAUGUUUUGUUUCACAUUGACAUAUAUGUGAAUGUUUUCUUAAUUAAAAUGUAACCUGGAAACUCAGUUUCUGGGGAUUGGCCUCACCCAUGGCGGUCUUUCUUGUGCUGUAAGUUCUUUAAUGUAUUUUCAUUUAUGAUUUUCUUUUAAUUAUUCUUUGACAUUGAUUUAUGUAGCUAGGGUUCAUUUUUUGUAAUUAUCCAAAAAGUUCUGCCACUAAAUCCAGGAUUCUUGCACGCUUCAUGUGUUUGGACUCUGGAAGGGUUGAAAGAGAACGUAUUGGUGAGUAAAUGGAGUGACUUGUACUUGUUGGAUUAUUGUUCUGUUUAUAUGUUCUUCCUUUCAGAAAUGGAUGAAUAAUUAGCUCAAACCUGAGACAGACAACUGGUGACAGGAAAAUAAUAAAUCAGUCUGAUUAGCUUAAGCAAGAAA